UCUCCGGGGGUCUUUUCUGCUCCUGUCACCGCCGUCCAGCCCACAGACGGGACAGACCGAGAGAGGGACAUGGAGGAGGCAGCAGCAGCCGCUUAGCGCAACUCAGCAGCGGGGCAGGAGGAGGACGUACACCGCGCUGCACCUGCCGGGGACCCGCAGCUGACAGACAGGGUAGAGACGAGGAAGCAGCGGUUUCUAGAACUUUUCCUCAACUUGAAGGCGGAGUUGUGGCUCCAGCAGUGUGCGUACAAGACGGGACCAUGUGUGCCAAAUACCAGGCAAGUUUCUUUUCGUGCGUAACGGUGUUUUGAAGAGUUGGAACUGUCUGGACAAAGUUUGUAAAAAGUGAGGCGAGUCUGUUCUGCUCUCUGCAGACUGAGAGUAAAUUUAUCCCGGCCCGGCCCGGUCCGGCCCGGUUCAGCAGAAUAAUGCCUCGCCCGGGGAGGAACACGUACAGCGACCAGAAGCCUCCAUAUUCUUACAUCUCCCUCACGGCCAUGGCCAUCCAGAGCUGCCCGGAGAAGAUGCUCCCCCUCAGUGAGAUUUACAAGUUCAUCAUGGACCGGUUCCCGUACUACCGGGAGAACACGCAGCGGUGGCAGAACUCUCUGCGGCACAACCUCUCUUUUAACGACUGUUUUAUUAAGAUCCCCCGCAGACCGGACCAGCCCGGUAAGGGCAGUUUUUGGGCUCUGCACCCGAGCUGCGGCGACAUGUUUGAGAACGGGAGUUUUCUGCGGCGCAGGAAGCGUUUUAAAGUGGGCGGCAUGCAGGUCACGGACCCGCUGGCACCCAGCAAGCCGCAGGAUGCCGCCCACUACCUGCAGCAGCAGGCCAAGCUGCGUCUCAGCGCGCUGCACGCGGCAGCGCACCUCCCGCAGAUGCCGGGCGGAUACAACCUGAGCUCCGUGUCUCAGCCGUCCAGCUUCAAACACCCGUUUGCCAUCGAGAACAUCAUCGCCAGAGAGUACAAGAUGCCGGGCGGGCUCGCGGCCUUUUCCACCACCGGGUACCCGCUCCACAACCAGCUGACCCCGGCCUGGCCGCACAUGUACGGCUCCGGGAUGAUGGACACCGCGGCUCCCAUCUCCAUGGCCAGCGACUACUCCGCCUACGGCAUGCCGCUCAAGUCCAUCUGUCACGGCGGACAGACUCUGCCCGCCAUCCCGGUGCCCAUCAAACCCACGCCCGCUUCAAUGCCGGGCCUGCCGGGGCUGCCCACACACAUCCCGGCUUUCCUGGCGAACUCUCCCCAGUCUCUGAGCCCCACCUCCCCGCAGACAGCCACCGGUCAAACCAGCCCGGCCGCGCCCGGAGAGGCGCUGUCCUCCCCGGCCUCUGCGGCGUUGCAGUCCACGGUGGCGGUGCACUGACUGGAAUCUGACUUUUUUCUCUUUUUUUAUAAAGGAAAAAAAAACUCUGCGAAAGGGAAAAUGACGAACUUCUUCAACUCCAAAGCAGUGUUUCAUCUCCAGGACACAAAAUGCGCGAAUGCGAGGAUGUGCGUUAAUUAUUAGGAUAUUUCUGUCAGUUUUGUUUCUCUGAAAAGAAAGAAAUUCAUCCAUCAAACGUGAACAUGUUUUCCCCAUCUUAUGAAGAAACAGCAGGUUGACCUCUGGCCUCCGGCAAACAACACAAAUAUCAUUUAGGAAAAGCAUUAAUUUGUAUUUCUUGUGAAACAACGUUAUUUCAGAAUUAUGACAGAAACAAAACUCAUUUAGACAGUUUAAUCUGUUUCUCUCCACAUUCCUUCACAGCAGACUGACUCGGUGUUACCGGUCGGAUCGUGUCGUGACAAAUUAUCCGGAUCUUUUGUGUUUGAAGCCUUUUCUUCUCAAACUGAAAGAAAGCGCUCAGAUUAAUGACUCUUAAAGAUUUGUUUCCACUUCACUUCAGCCUCUGUGCUGUUUCUUUUCUGCUCCUGAAACAAAAGUGAAACUCAAAGGCAAGUUAGUUUUUCAACUUGCAGGAUUUUCCUUCCAAAAGUUUUAACGCAACAGAGCUCGAGAGGAAAAGCUUCAUAAAAAUGCAAACAGCAUUUAGUGAACCAAAUAAUUACCCAGCCGUUUUUUCCUUUUUUUUAUUAUUAUUAUUUUUUGUAAUUGAUAUGAACAAUCGCAGAGAUAAAAAAAAGAUUAAAUAAGACUUGAAAUCAUAUAUUUAUGUCAGAGGUUCAGCAUAGUUUAAAAAGAAAACCACUGGAGAUAUCUGACCAUGAAUGCAAGGAUCUACUGUCUCUGAUGCACUUUUUAAAACAUGAAAUCUAAAUGUUUUUUUUUCAGUAGCUGACAGCCGUGUUGGUUUAAUUUAAAGUUUUUUUUUGUUUGUUUGUUUUUUUAAACGCUGUGGUGUUCAAAUGACCCGCUGUCUGUGUAUUUGUACUGCUGCAUGCUUCUGCUGUCUGAAAAAGUAAAAAUAAUUCCGUGUUUGUGAGUUUCUUGGGCUGAAAGCAUAAAGCAUGAACAUGAACAACGGGCUUUUUAUUCCCUGCGCUCUGUCUGCUCAUCCAGUUCCAUUAAAAAAACCUUCCUGGGAAUAAAAACACCAAAAAAGUAAUGAAUAGGCCUGUUAUUCACCUGCACACACACACACACACACAAAUUGAGUCAAUUUUAUUCAAUUUACAAAUCGUUAUUUUUUUCUGGAAUAUUUUAGGCCUACAUUUCAGAGAUUUCUUUUAGGGAAAAUGUAACUUUUCACUCCAUUAAUCUGACAGCUGAAGUCACUGGUGACAAAGCAAGUUAAGAUUUCGCAUUUAUCAUGGGAUUACGUAAUAUGGCUU